CGUAAGAAUAGUCUAAAGAAUAUCGCAAAAUACUCGGUCCGUAGCUUUAUCCACGUCAUGCUAUCUAUUUCAGUUGAGAGUCUUCAGCAGAUGAGUUGACAGUCUUAACACCUCUCAAUGCUUCGUUUAUGUUCUUCGAAUCAGAACACCAAUUUGUCACAGAAGGGUGGUGGUGAUAAAGAAGAGCGAGGUUGUUAGAUAAAGAAGCUCAGUCUGAGAAAAAUGAUCAGCAGGAAGGCCUCAUUCAAAGGGUUACGAAACUUGAAAUUGAGUUCUUUGCAGGCGAGAAAUGAAUGAAGAAGCUAUUGCUAAACAAAAAGAAGAAUUGGAGCAGCAAAGGAAAUCUCUGGCUGAGGAAUUCAAAAGCAAGGCUGUUGCAAUGGAGAAGACAAGCUGAAAUCCACCGCAUGGAAAAAGAGAUAGGAAAACAGGACAAGGCAGUAAAAAGGAAAAUGAAGAAAUGCGAGGAGAAAGAGAAAGACCUUGAUUUUUAAGUGGACAAAAGAAGUCUGUCAAAUCUUGGGAAAAGGACUUGGAGAAGAUAAAGAAGCAAUUGGUCGCCGAUUAAGAAAAUGUACAGAAUCUAAGGUCUGAUCAUGAGAAGAGCUGGCUAAGAGGAAGAAAAGCUCAAAGUAACUGAAGAAGAGAGGAGGAUAGAGCAUUUGCUCCUCAAAUCAGAACUGAAGCAUGAGAUAGCUAAGUGCAAGCAUGAAGAAGGAUAUUUCAUGGAGGAGCGUGAGGGUCUGAAUCAGGAUAAAAAGAAAACUGAGAGUACGGAAGAGCUCAAACAGGUCAGGGGCAACACGGAAAGAUUGGAGCAUGAGCGAUCAGUAAUGUCCGGAACUGCUCACACUGACUGUUGAGAUAUGCUACAUGAUUUUGAGCUGAGGAAAAGGGAGUUGGAGGAAAAUAUUCAAAACCAGCGGGAAACAGAGAAAGGGCUUUUGAGGAAGACAUGACAUGAAGCUGGAAAAGACUCAAAUACAAAAUAAGUGGGAGAAAAUUGCUAAAAACAACCUUGAGGAACAGCCGUGUGGUAUGAAGGAAAUUGAGAAGGUUGUUAACCUUCUAAAGACGGUCAAAAAACAUUUUCCUGGGGUUACCCUAGAGCUGUUGGAAGAUUAUUCUCAGUUCGAGGAAAAUCAAAGAGAGACUACAUCUCCUGGGCGAAAGAGGAAUCACGCGCAGACCACAACUAGUGAGCAAGAAGAAGUUGGCAUUGAUACUUGCUGUGAGAGUGUCACAUCAGGAGGACGCAGGAAGAGCCGGCAAACAGUCCCUCCAGAGUUGCAAACUUCUGGUGAAAGAUUGCCAAAGUCUGUAAAUAAGGCUGACGAUUUAAUGGCUAAGAAAAAUUGUAAAAUUAUGUAACUGAGUACUGGCAGUAUGAACCACCGAGUUCCCUUUCAGGUAAGCUUCAGUUUCCUUGUAUGUUCUAGUUUGUUUUGACGAAAAGCUUACUUCUUUUUUAAGAAAAAGAAAGUUAUUGUCUUUCCAAAGUGGGGAUGAAGAAAUUAUACAAGGAGACGAUUUAUGUCUGCUGGUUGCCUCUAUCAUUGGGAUAAUAAAGACUAGCUUCACAAGCAGCUCUAACAUAUUCAGGAUCCCCACGGAUAGACACGUUCCCAUGUAUCUUCAAAGCUGCAAGCAAAAGAGCAAAUUUGGUAGCCAACUGAACUUUUGCCUCUUACCAACAAGUGCUUUCCCAAUGAGAAUUUCAUUAGUGAAAGGACCAUUAUUUUUAAGAAAGUGACACCCUUAUCUAUGACAUGGUGGAUUAAAUCCAUCAUGUCAGACCUUGUUUUGAUACUUGGAAACCCUGAGAACCCAAAUUCAUUUCCCCAACUUCAGUUUCACCCUCCAUUUUUUUUUCUUGUAUUUCUUCUGCAGUUCUGUGUAUGUUUCUGUCUGAUAUUUUUAUGUGCCUGUUCCAUAUAUAGCUCAACCUUUCUUGAAGCUGAGUGUAUAAAUGUCAUCAUCCAUGAUGCUGGAGGACAUUAAUGCUCAUUACAAUAUGACAGUCUAUGCCACUUUCUAGGAAAAGACUAUAUGACUAUUAAUUCGGCAUUUUCCUUUUUGUUUUCAUUCAGGCCCUGGGGCAUUUUCUCUUAUGGAGUCUGAUCUGUAGGAUGUGCAGUCUAAUUUCAGCAUUUCUACUGUUAAUAACCUGUUUGCUAAGUAAAUUCAACAAGCUUGUUCGACCAGAUUCUAGUCUCCAGUUACUACUGAUAAUUGUAAACUGGACUCUAGGUAUUUGCUUGCUGAUGGAGAUGCGUAAGUUCGUCUUUCAAAUUGUAUCUACAUACUUAUUUCAUAGCCAGAUGAAAUGAAACUUCAGAAUGUGGUGAAGACAUGUUCUAUGCUUUCUUCUUUUUAAACGAGUUCAACCUUUUGAAAAUGUCAAAGGUAGCAAAUGUAUCGAGAAGAUCAUAUACAACUUUGAUAUUUAUAG